CAACUUCUCACUCUCCUUACCACCCCACCACCAACAAUGGUCUCAGUCACGGUCUCAAUCCCGGGCAAGGGCCCCCAGUCGUUCGACUUCCCCGGCAAGACGGCCGCGGGCGUCACUGUCGGCGACUUGAAGGCUGCGAUCCGCGCCAAGGUGCCCAAGUUCGUGCCCAACCGCCAGCGCCUGACCGCCCCCUCGGGUGGCGAGAAGGAAAAGCCCCUCCCCCUCACCGACGAGGGCAAGUCGCUCGCCGACUACGGCGUCGCCGACGGCGCCAAGCUGCGCCUCAAGGACCUGGGCUACCAGGUCGGCUACCGCUGGCUCUUCAUCUGGGAAUAUAUCGGCCCCAUCUUCAUCAACCCCGCGCUGCUCUACGUCUCACAGUACAUCUGGGGCCCUUACGAGCCUUCCCAGCUCCAGCUCACCGUCCGCAACCUCAUCGUCGCGCACUUUGUCAAGCGUGAGCUCGAGUCCGUCUUUGUGCACAAGUUCUCGCGUCCCUCGGUCCCCCUCACCUUCGUCAUCCGCAACUGCGCCUACUACUGGGGCAUCACUGGCGGUCUCAUCGGCCUCACCCUCUACCGCCCCGGCUACGGCGCCGUCGCGCUCAAGGACUCGAUCCUCAACACGCCCGCGUGGCUCAACUUCUGGACCGCCUUCAUCCUCGCCAACGAGCUCCUCAACCUCAACACCCACCUCCACCUGUCGUCCCUCCGCACCGCGCCCGGCGAGCCCCGCAAGUACCCCACCGGCUUUGGCUUCCAGUGGAUCGUGUGUGCCAACUACUUCUUCGAGACGAUGGGUGUGCUCGGUCUCGUCAUCAUCACUGGUGGUGACAUUGGAACCAUUGUCUACCUCCUCAUCGCGUCCUACUUCAUGGGCCUCUGGGCCGGCCAGAAGUACCGCCGCUACAAGAAGGAGCACGACCCCAAGGUCUUCCCUGGCAGGCGCUGGGUCGUCUUCCCUCCCUUCUUCUAAGCCGCACGCUCUGUGCAGAAGGGCACGUCCCGGCCGCCGCCACAUCGGCCGUGUGUCAACAUCUCCGGCGACGGAUUCGUCUUGCUUACGCCGCCUCCCCACACCACCCCGCUGGCACUACCCAUACUGCCACACUUUCAAGAACACUUAGAAUGCAGCAUCUGUCCCUGCA